AUGGCACAUUAUAAAGGAGCAGCCAGCGAAGCUGGUAGAGCAAUGCAGUUAAUGAAAAAAAGAGAAAUUGCUCAACAAGAAAUAGAAUUGAGGAAAAAGAAAAUAGAAGAUGACCUAAAGAUUCAUAAUAUAGAAAACAAAUUUGCAACACAUUAUAAUGCGGUUGAACAGCAAUUAAAAACUUCUACCAUUGGUUUGGUCACCCUAAAUGAAAUGAAAGCAAAACAAGAAAAUAUAGUGAAGGAACGUGAAAGAAAAUUAGCACAAAAGGAACGUGAAAAGGAACAAGAAAAAGAGAGGGCACUUGCCGCCAAGCAAGCUGAAAAGAACAAACAGAAAAAGCAAAUCCAAGCUUUAUCAUUUAAUUUAGAUGAAGAUGAAGUAGAACUUUCUGAGGAGGAGGAAAUAGAAUCAAAAUUAGAAAAAUCAAAAGAUAUUGAGAGUGGACCAGUAAUAAAAAAGAUAAAGAAAAACCCAGAUGUGGACACUAGUUUUCUACCUGAUAGAGAAAGGGAAGAAGAGGAGAAUAGAUUAAGGGAGGAAUUAAGACAAGAGUGGGCUAGGAAACAAAAUGCAUUAAAGGAAGAAGAAAUUGAAAUUACUUUCAGUUAUUGGGAUGGGUCUGGUCACAGAAGAAGUGUUAUUAUGAAAAAAGGUAAUUCCAUUUAUCAGCUUCUUCAAAGAUGUCUAGAAGUUUUAAGACGUGAAUUCAGUGAACUCAAAACAGUCAUGGCUGACCAAUUAAUGUAUGUCAAGGAGGAUCUUAUUUUGCCACAUCAUUAUACAUUUUAUGACUUCAUUGUAACAAAGGAUGAUAUUCGUGUUAUGCAUGAUGCUUCUGUUGAAACAGAAGAAUCUCAUGCUGGUAAAGUGUUACUUAGGUCUUGGUAUGAAAGAAAUAAGCACAUAUUUCCUGCCAGUAGAUGGGAACCCUUUGACCCAACAAAAAGUUAUGAUAAAUAUACAGUGUCAGAUAAAAUUAGGAAAAAAGAUAAAAUUUAA